AUGGUAGCCAACUGUGCCGACUGCCAGUCGGUACGUGCCGAGCCGGCGAAGAUGAACCUUCAUUGCUGGGAAACACCAACAGCCCCUUUCCAGAGGGUUCAUGUCGACUUUGCUGGUCCCUAUUUGGAUACCUACUUCUUCAUCUACGUGGACGCCUACAGCAAGUGGCCAGAGGUCCAGAUAUGCAGGUCCAUCACGGCCGAAAGUACUGUCAAUAUGUGUCGCGAGAUCUUCAGCAAGUUUGGCAUUCCGUCAGUCCUGGUGAGCGACCAUGGCGUCCAAUUUACAUCGGAGGUAUAUCAACAGUUCCUGAAGACAAACGGUGUAGUGCACAAGAUGGGUGCUCCGUACCAUCCAGCAACGAACGGUCAAGCGGAGCGGUACGUUCAAACCAUCAAACAGAAGUUGAAGGCGUUAAAGUGCACCAAGUCUCAGCUGAACCUGGAGUUGUGUAACAUCCUGCUCACAUACCGCAAAAUGAUUCACCCGUCAACAGGAAAGUCACCAUCAAUGCUCGUGUUCGGUCGACAGAUUCGAUCGAGGCUCGACCUGCUACUACCGAAAAACGAAACUUCAAGCAAGGCGGACAUUGUCGUGCGCCAAUUCCUGGAUGGUGACAGAGUUCGUGUUCGAGAUUUCCUGUCCAAAGAUAAGUGGAAGUUUGGAAGAAUAGCCGAGAAGCUGGGUAAGCUGCGGUAUGCUGUACGUCUCGACGAUGGGCGAAUCUGGGAGCGCCACAUUGACCACAUAGUCGGUGUGGGCGCCGAUCUACAAGACGUUUCGGUGGACACUCCAAGGGAGGAGGAGUUCAUUGAACGGUACGAGCCAACCAUAUCCGCUGUUCCUGCAGUGGAUCCUGCUGCGGCUGCAGCGGUUCCCGCUGCCACUAUUCCAGAAGGAGAGGCUGCUGGUACGACACCGGUGGUUUCCAAACGUAAUGCGGUCACGACGUCUACGCUUCCUUCCAGCCCGGAGCGUUCGACGUCCACCAAGGAUAGUCGAUCAGCCGUUUUGGAGUCUACGACACCGCUGCGACGAUCAUCUCGCAUUAUUAAACCUCCCCAUAGAUUGAAUUUGUAG